AUGGAUUCCAAAGAGAUCAGCGAGAAGCCUAUCACGGGCGUCACCCCGCCGGACGCUGUGCGGUUGGCUUCGUCCAAAACGUCGACCAGCGACGAGAAGCCCACCGUCACCACAGCCGAAGAGAUAUCUUCGGAGAAACACAACGAUAUCAAUGCCCAUUACGACCCUGCUGCCGCCCCUCGGUAUACCAAGGAAGAGGAAGAUGCUGUCAUCCGCAAGCUUGACUGGCACCUGAUGCCUCUCAUUUUUGUCCUGUACUCCCUGUCCGUCCUAGACCGCUCCAACCUGGGCAAUGCCAGGAUUUCCGGAAUGGAGAAAGACAUUGAUCUCAGUGGAAAUCGAUAUGACUGGCUGGGAACUGCGUUUUACAUCAGCUACAUCCUCUCGCAAUGGACCCAAAUGGGCUGGAAAGCAUUUCCUCCCCACGCCUGGGUUGCCUUUGUCGUUUUUGGCUGGGGGGUGGUUUCCACCCUGCAAGCAGCAUGUACAUCGUGGGCCGGCGUGAUGGUCUGCCGAGUCAUUCUCGCCAUCUUUGAAGCGGCCUAUGGUCCUGGUGUUCCACUGUACCUCUCAUUCUUCUACCCGCGCGAGAAGCUAGGUCUGCGAACCGGGAUCUUCCUGAGUGGCUCUGCCGCCGCCAACGCCUACGGAAGUGCCCUCGCGUACGGCAUUGCACAAGCCAGAGGUAAACUUGCACCGUGGCGCAUUCUCUUCAUUGUUGAGGGUGCUCCGACCUGUGUGCUGGCUCUCGUGGCGUGGUUCUGGCUGCCGGACUCCCCCGCCCACUGCAAGUUCCUGACAGAUAGAGACAAAGAAAUCGCGGUGGAUUUGUCCUUGAGACAGCCUGGAGACAGGACCGGGAAGAAAGGACUGCAGUGGAAACAGGUACUGGGCGGGUUGAUGGAUUAUCGAUCCUACCUUCCUCCUCUGAUGUACUUCGGGUGCAACGUCUGCUUCGCCUCUCUCCCACUCUUCGUGCCCACCAUCAUCAGCGAGAUGGGCGCCUUCUCGACCAUCCAGUCCAACGGGCUCUCCGCACCGCCGUACGUGUUCUGCUUCCUCGCGAUCUGCGGCACAGCCUAUGUCUCGGACCGCGUGAACCUGCGCGGCAUCUUCGUCACCGUGCCGGCGCUGAUCGCGGCGGUCGGGUACAUCAUUUUGGGCACGACGUCCGGGGUCGGGCCGCGGUACUUCGGCUUGUUCCUGGCGGUGCUCAUCUUCGUGUCGGUGGCCAUGGUGCUGACGUGGGUCGGCAACACGCACGCCACAGACAGCAAGCGCGCCGUAGCGUUGGCCAUCCUCGCCACGGGCGGCCAGUGCGGGCCCGUGCUGGGCACCAACAUCUUCCCCAAGAGCGACGCCCCCUACUACCGCAAGGGCAUGUGGAUCUCGUGCGGCGCCUGCCUGAUCGUCGUGGUCACCAGCCUCAUGCAGACAGGCCUGCUGAUCCAGGCGAACCGCAAGCGCGACAAGAAGUACGGCCGCGACCGCGAGACCGUGCACCUCGAGGAGCCCGGCCAGUUCGGCGACGACAAGCAGUUUAGAUACAUGGUUUAA